AUGCGGCGGCGUGCCACCGAGUCACCAGGGGAAGCAACCGCCUCCCCCAGCCGCCUCCAGCCCACACAUCCCGCUCCGGCUCGGGAGUACGCCUGCUCCACCAGCAAGCAUGUGGAUAUGGAAAACUCCUAUCUCUGUGGAUACUUGAAGAUUAAAGGCCUUACAGAGGAGUACCCAACCCUCACCACUUUCUUUGAAGGAGAAAUAAUCAGUAAAAAGCACCCUUUCUUAACACGCAAGUGGGACGCUGAUGAAGAUGUGGAUCGUAAACACUGGGGGAAGUUCCAGGCUUUUUACCAGUAUGCAAAAACAUUUAACUCUGAUGACUUUGAUUACGAGGAUCUGAAAAAUGGGGACUAUGUCUUCAUGAGAUGGAAGGAACAGUUCCUAGUCCCAGAUCACACUAUCAAAGACAUCAGCGGUGCUUCCUUUGCUGGUUUCUAUUACAUCUGCUUCCAGAAGUCAGCAGCAUCUAUAGAGGGCUAUUACUACCAUAGGAGUUCAGAAUGGUAUCAGUCAUUGAAUUUAACUCACGUUCCUGAGCACAGCGCUCCUAUCUACGAAUUCCGAUGACAGCUGUCCAGAACUGAUACCGCACAGAAGCAAACCGGGCAGGAGAGCAUGGCCUGCCAGGAGAACUGUGUCCCUGUCGGAGCACGGGAAUGCACGCUUCUCUCCUGCCCCUCGGACUCGCGAGAGAGAGCCUGAAUGUUAACCCACCCAGCCCAAGGAGCGUGGCUGUUGGAGCUUGAUUCUCCCUCCUGUCGAGUGGCGAUUUGAUCUUUAAUCUGGUUUUAAGCUACCUUUAAAUGCACUUUCUUAUUGCACAGCUAGUUUCUCUAUCACUGAAAUUCCUCCCGGCUCUCCUCUGGAAGCUGUUUCUCAGUAGCUGGAAUCAGUGGUCUGUCCUCUGAGUAAUAAGAAAAUAUAAGCUCCGUGCUUAUAUUUUCAUUGUUACAGCCUGAUAUGGGUUGAAAUCGCCAGGACUCGGGUUUGUUGCCCAGAUUGCCAGCUCUGGUGCUCCCAGAGCCGGGUCCUGCGUGCGAGGCUCUGCUUGGCAGAGAGCUGCUCAGCUGCAGAGUCUCUUGGGGGGAGCGUUGGCUUGAGACGGAUGAGGCUUGAAGGAGUCUUUGCUUCGCGCCGGCUAGCGAGGUUAGCCGGAGCUGCAGAUCUUUCGGGAACACCGGCCCUUCGGAGCUGGGAGCUGUUCCGGUGUCUGGAUACGCCACUGGGAAUUAAUUUGAUGUACGGACUUCCAGGCUCUCAGUAAAGUGGAUCUGAACUCUGCU